CAAAACAUUGCAGAAAGCUUCUUCACAUACUUCUCUGAAGAGUCUUUUCUGAGAUGGAGACAACAACUUUCACUGAUGAUUAUUCUUCUGGCACAGAGGCUCCUGAAGACAUUUGCCAAGGUGUGCAGCUGCCUUACAAACACAUUUUUCUGCCUGCUCUAUAUGGCACUGUGUUCCUGGUGGGGAUUGCUGGCAAUGCCCUUCUGAUGGGAGCCCUACUCUUCAGACGGCGUACCCAGAGGCUAAUUGAUAUCUUCAUUAUCAACUUGGCAGUGUCUGAUUUUAUUUUCCUUAUCACAUUGCCCUUCUGGGUGGACAAGGAGAUGAACUCUGGUCUUUGGAGAACAGGCUCUUUUCUCUGCAAAGGCAGCUCCUACAUCAUUGCAGUCAACAUGUACUGCAGCAUCUUCCUUCUCACAUGCAUGAGUGCCGAUCGAUAUCUGGCCAUUAUGCACUCUUCCAUGGCCAGGAAGAUCAGAACAAAAUUUUAUUCCAUCAUUCUUUGCAUCUGUGUCUGGAUUCUGUCGUGCCUCUUAGGGCUGCCUACACUUCUGUCCAGAGAACUGAGACAUGACUACGACGGCAACACAUACUGCAUCAACAAAGAAUCCACACUCACUAACUGGAUUGGGUCGCUGCUGUUGCUGAUUUUGGCUUUUUUUGUCCCUCUGUUCAGCAUCUUGACAUUUUAUUGCUCCAUCACUAGGAAACUCUGUGUGCAUUAUCAGAAAUCUGGGAAACGUGACAAAAAGCUGAAGAAAUCCCUCAAAGUUGUUUUCAUUGUAGUGAUUGCUUUUGUUUUUUCAUGGAUCCCUUACAAUGUUUUUAAGUUUCUAGUUGUGAUAUCACACAUCCAGGGACUGAAGUCAUCUUUCUGCCUUCCCUAUGAAGUUGCUCUUCUGGGCAUGGAACUGAGCAGUCCAUUUGCAUUUGCCAACAGCUGCACAAACCCUUUCAUCUACUACUACUUUGAUGACUAUAUCCAUAGGGCCAUGAUGCAAUGUAUGCUUCCAUGCAUGAAGAUCAGCAGCUCUGGAACCAGUAUUGACACCUCGGACACUCGCCUUAGUUAUUCCAUUAAUACAUCUGCCCAGGGGGAAGAUAAUUCUAGAAAAAGGAGGAGGUCAGUGUCAUUCUGAAUGAUCUAUUGCCUCUGAGCGAAGACAGAGGGGAUUAAAAAGAACAUGGGAAAGAAAUGGAAGAGUUAAAAAGAAAAAGAAUUAGAAGCCAUAAAUGAAUGAGUGUAAUAUGAUGGUAGUUUGAGUGACAGGGAAAUGUCAAUGUUACUUUCCUUUAAUUAUGUAGUAACAUACAAAGUCUAACUGUAAUAUACUCUGUAAUUAUAAGUAGUAUGGAUUCCUGAAGGUUUUUAUAAAUUACACCCAGCAGCUUAAAAUGAUUAAGAGACAAAAUAAUGAAGCAUCUUAGGACAGUAUCUUGGUAUUUUGUAGGAAGCUACAGAACAACCGAUCUGAUUUAAAACCUGCUCUUUUAGUUCUAAGGAAGGCUUGCAAUGAAAACUUGUAAAUGUUUAUUAACAUAGAGAGAUUAGUUCAGAAUGUAAACUUUCUUUGUUAAAUUCCUCCUCUUUUUCUGUUCAUAUUAUAACACUGAACAGUUUUUACAACUAUUUGUCUGAUAUUAUUGAAGAAAUGUAAACAUUUGUUUAAAUAGUGUUAUAGUUCUUGUCAAGAUGGACUUUCUCUAUUAAAAAAACCCAACACAAAUACAUGCAUAUAACAAAAGUAGACACUCUUUUCUAUGUAUUUCAGAAACAUAACUUGGGACAUUCCUAUUUGUUAAUUACAUUUUUGUAAAAAUGGUACAAAAUUAUUAGAAAUUCAAUUGAAAUUUCUCAGGAAAAAUGUAAUUAUAUAUUAGGAAAAAAGAACUAGGGAUUCAGUGACAAGGGAAAUCUACUGACUUCGGAGUAAAUAAUUGAGGAUU